AUGUCAGUAGUUUUUGCUGCCAGCACCACAAGGGUUUUUGGUGUUCCGUUGGAGGAGGUGACACGCACACACACGGUCAGCGGCUACGAGGUUCCUGCACUAGUGAAACACAUCGUUGACUACAUUGAGGAACACGGUCAUCUGGACCUAGAGGGGCUCUUCCUCGUUAAUGGCAACGCAGAGCGUGUGGAAUGGCUGCGUCAGCGCUACGACAACGGUGAGGAGGUGGAGCUAGAGAAGGAGGCAGACCUGGCAUCAGCAGUCAGCUUGCUCCGACUCUUUCUGCAGGAACUUCCUGAGCCCAUUAUCCCAACAGCAAUACAAGGACAUAUACUGCAGCUUCACCAAGAUUACAGCAAUGAGGCAGAGCUGUGUAGAAACUUGAAGUACCUGCUGCAGCAGCUUCCCCAGCUGAACUACGGUCUACUGCGUUUUCUGUGCCGCUUUCUGGCCAGCGUGGCAUCGCUUCACAUCUUCCACCUAUCAACAGAAGGAGAGGACCUUCGGGACCAAGGUUCUGUCAGCAGAGUCCUGGCAGAGCUGUUGGACAACCAGGAGGGUCUGUUUGACUCGGAUGACGAUGACGUCUCCACUACCAAUGACUACAGCUCCAUCAAUGAACAGAUCACAGAGCUGUUGGAUGAUGAUAAGGGUGAGGCAGAAUGUGAAGAGCUGCCUCAAGACGGGGAAGAGGGUCCUUCCUCCUCCGACUCACCGCAACACACACGUGCUGACGACAGCCCUGCAGCCAGCUCCCACCUCUCCCCUGUAUCCAUCCUGCCUGCUGACUCUGCUGAGAUAAUUCAGCGAAGCAUCAGGGCUGCAGUGGAGCAGAACUUCUACAAUGUGACAGCCACCAUUGAGCAAGACCUCGCCAACUAUGACAGCCAGGGGGUAAGUCCCAGUGAGCCUGCAGGCCAGGGUUGCCAUGGAGAUGAGAAGCAGCAACAAGCAACCCGUGAUGGCAGUCCCAGCGAUCCAGAAGGGGAAACGCCGCUCACACUGACCGAGCAGCACGAACAACAAAGUCAGACAGACACACAGGAUUCUCUGGCCUCUGGCGCCGCCCUGGAGGACAGCUUGGGAAUGGACCUGGAUGCAGAGGCUGUCAGAGAUGCUGAGAACAAUAUCAGUGCUACUAGGCAGGACAAUCAACCCUGUGCCACCAUGGAGGAGACUGACACCAUAAGCUGUGACUUGGGUUCACACCGCUGUGAUCAAAAUGCCAACACCAGCGAGAGCAACAGGAACCUUCUGUCACCAUAUCACCCAAACUCUGGCCACAGUCCCCACCUCCAGCUCUUUCCUGACAACCAGUGGGAAGCGUCACCCCUGUCCCAUCUUCAUCUCCUUCCCAUAGACUUCUCAUGUAUGCAUCUGCAAAAAGAAGGCCAGGACCCCGUACCUGCUUACAAAUCCUGGCAGGAUGACAAUGACAGCGGAGAGGCACAGCUCUCCCCUCUGGCCGGUCGCAUGGUUCCUCUCCCCCCGCUGCCCCUGGAGGAAGACGACGAGGAGGACGAGGGGGAGGGAGGGCAGGACGCCUCCCCCUCCUCUUCCCGCUCUCACCCUCACCUUCUGGCUCGACGCUUUCUUGACUUUGGUGUGCACGGUGCCCAGCGAUUCCUCCAGCAGGAUCCAGAUGCCACCUCGCCCACCAAAGCACAGAGGCCACGGCGAGCAUCAUUUGGCUCCAAAGAGGCAAUUAGAGGAGGAGAUUCAGUGACUCAUCAACUCACCAAGAAGCUUCAGCACCUGAAGAAGAAAAUCAAACAGUUUGAAGAGCAGUUUGAGAAGGAGAGGAACUACAAGCCCUCUCAUGCAGACAAGGCAGCUAACCCCAAAGUCCUCAAAUGGAUGACCGACCUUACCAAGAUCCGCAGGCAGCUUAAAGGACGCCAGCACCUUUUACCCAGAAGCACGCUGAGGCACCAGGCUUUGCUCCAUUCACACAGACGCCACCAUGUCCCCUCCCCUUACCCAUUCUCCUCUAUCUGCUCACCUCCUCACGCACUCACCCCCAUACUCCACCCCUACUCAGGCCUGAGCUCUAGACCGUUUCUCCUCAAUGCCAAACACCGUGCAGAGAGUGAGCUCGGCCCUCAGACUCGCCCCCGAAGCAACACCUUGCCUAAGAGCUUUGGCUCCACGCUGGAUCAAGGUUCUUAUGACGCAGCAGUGGAGGUCAAAGGUCCACAUCCCACCAGGGAGGAAACACUGGAGCUGAUCCAGCGCAGGGUCAAAGGGAAGAGGCAGGAGGACGGCUGGCCUGAUGACAUCAAGAAGAUGACCAAGGAGCAGCUGUCCUCUGAGAAGACGGUCUUACAGAAAAACCUGCUGCACUACGAAGGCCUGCACGGUCGACCUGUCACCAGAGAGGAGCGUCUGGUGGUAAAGCCUCUCUACGAUCGCUAUAGAUUGGUCAAACAGAUGCUCACCAGAGACGGCAUCACACCUAUCACAGCGUCCCCCUCUAGUAAGAGGCGGAGUCAGACCCUCCAGCCAAUCAUUGAGGGUGAAACUGCUCAUUUCUGGGAGGAGAUUAAAGAAGAAGAAGAGGAGGAGGAGGAAUGUAAAGGAGGGGGAGAACAAGAUGACAGAGGAGAGGAGAGGGAUGAAGAAGAGGAGGAAGAAGAGGAGGAGGCAGAGAGCAGUGGUGGGGAGAUGCAGAGCCCAGAAGUCAUCAUGGCCAUCGACCUUGUGACUCCAACUGAUGGACCAAUGAUGAGCCAGAAGCAGAGCAACUGUCCAAUGAGGGCCAAGCUCGAGGAGGGGUCGGGGCAGCUGGCGCUGGACCUGCGACUCUCCAGCUCCAACGCUUCUUCCAUGCCAGAGCUGCUGGAACAGCUGUGGAAGGCCAGAGCAGAGAAGAAGAAACUAAGGAAGACCAUCAAAGAGUUUGAGGAGGAUUUCUAUCAGCAUAAUGGAAGGAAUGUUCAGAAGGAGGACCGGGUGCCAAUGCUGGAUGAGUACAGAGAGUACAAGAGGAUCAAGGCCAAACUCCGCCUCCUGGAAGUCCUCAUCAACAAACAGGAUUCCUCCAAAUCCAUCUAGAGUCACCUGCCAUCGCCGCACACAUCAACCGUCAUCAGUGCUGCGAGGACCCGCCCAGGAUGCCUGUCAGUCAUCACACCUGGAAGGCUCAACACUCGCUGCAACAGGAACCACAUUACACAACUUCCCAGGAAGUCGACAUCAAGACAAGGCUCUCGGACGUCACGACCACCGCUAAUUAUGCUGCAGUCAUGUCACGAGAAGAGUCAGUGAGAGUUCAGAGUUAGGGUUCAGAAGGUCAGAGACUGAAGUCCCAAUUUAACUUCUGUGUAAACACUGUGUGGAGUUGCAGGCCUUCCUGAACACAGGAAACUUUCCUGUAACCAGCUGAGGGACUUUCUAACUUCACCCGUGUUCUGACUACAGAAACCAAAGUUAAGUUUUGGUUCUUGCAUCAUUUCUGCCCACAGGAAGUAGUACUUUGAGAGGGCAGAGAAACUAUUCAGCUAUCUGGGACUGGUUUGACAGGCCUCAUUGGUUUCUGCUAGCAUCAGUAUAAGGACAAGGGAAGAUGAUUUCUCCCUGAGUCAGUAACAAGUAGGACAUUUACAUUUCAGAUGGUUUUAAUCUCUUCUGUUGUCAGCAGAAAAGUGAAGACAAACGCGCUGAAACAGCGGAGUUUGUGCUGCUCAUGGUUUCUACAGUGACAAAAACAACUUAUUAGCUAGCAGUUUAGUACUUUAUAGCAAAACAUGACAGUUUUUUGAAUUUUAACAGAACGUCUAUACAACUACAGCUAUUUUCCUCUGUUAUUCAGAAAAAUGGCUCAGUCUGUCUUCUGGCAAAGCUCAGCGCAGUUAACCUCUUUUAAGGUGACAGAAGAUGUGCACACUGAUUUUCCCGUGACAGGAACGCAGCACCAGCACAGCUACCUCAUAUAAUCCACGUUACAGAUUAUACCUCAUAUAAUCCGUAACGUGGCCGCAGAUGAAACGUGGAGAAAAGAAACUGUCACUGUUGGUCUCCUCCUCCUCCACCAAACUUGUUUUGGCUCCAAGGAAAACUGGAACAAUAAGUUCAGACUUUUUUAGUUUCAGGAACUUUUCUGUUGUCACUCUUCAUGUUCUUUCCUUCCUACUGAGGAAUUGUAUUGGACAACUCAAGACAUUGUUCUUUGCUCGUUUUGUUCUUUUGCCUCACUCCAAGGGGACACGACUUCUUCCAGCUGCCUCCUCGGCCUGAGGCGAUUCUUAUACUCCGUUGGCAGAACUUCAUUUACAUCCUCACCUCCUGGGAUGCUUCAUCUUCUGGCUUCAACUUAAUUCAGAAGCUUAAAAACAAGUUUGUUCAUUUUUAAAGAAAAAAAAAAGAUGUACAUACUUGUUUGUGAGACUGUUGUUCACACUGUAUGAAAACUAUAUUUGAGUUUAAAGGCAAAAUGGAAAAAAGUAA